GUGAGAAAAAAACGAAACCUUAGUGACACCAAAAGACUGUUUCUCUCUAAUUCGUUUUUUCCACAGUUGGCAAUUUCUCCUUGGUGUGUUGUAUCCCUUUAACCCUUUUCUCCCAUCUUAUUGCAUACUAAGAAGACCUAAAAAAGAGAUGGAACUGUACGGACAGUCCACGGGGAGUAAUGAGUCACAAUCCGAUCAUCAGUCAGAAUGGGUUUCGGUGGAGCCAGAAACGGGAUCAAUGCAGAAGUUGGGGUUAUUUGGUAGGGAAAUUUACCCGGAAAGGCCUGGUGUUCCUGAUUGUUCGUAUUAUAUGCGAAAUGGGUCCUGUGGAUAUGGACCCAAUUGCCGGUUUAACCAUCCUCGUGAUCGUGAUCGCCCCUAUGGUGGUAAGAUUCAAUUGGGAGGAGUUGAGUUCCCAGAAAGAAUGGGAGAGCCAAUCUGCCAGUACUAUUUAAGAACAGGGACCUGUAAAUUUGGUGUAUCCUGCAAAUUCCACCACCCUAGGAACUUUGGCGGAACCUUGAGCAAUAUACCACUAAAUACUUAUGGAUAUCCAUUACGCACGGGGGAAAUUGAAUGCACCUAUUAUUUGAAAACGGGGCAUUGCAAAUUUGGUAUAACAUGUAAAUUCGAUCACCCUCAACCUGCUGGUAUAUCAGUGCCAGCACCUGCACGUCCAUUUUAUCCGACAGUGCAGUCUCUUCCUGCUCCUCCUGAGGAAUAUAACAGUGCAUUAACUGGUCUUAGAGUAGCAAGGCCUCCACUUUUACCUGGGUCAUAUGUACCUAGUGCUUAUGGUCCAGUGUUGCUUCACCCAGGAGUGGUUACCAUUCAGAACUGGAGCCCUUACUCGGGACCAGUAAGUCCUGCACUAUCUCCUGGUGCUCAACCCUCUGCUGGGCUGACAUCUGUCUAUGGGAUAUCACAGCUAGCAUCUUCUCCACAUGCCUUCGCAGGACCUUACUCGCCAUUACCCCCUGCUGCUAGCCCUUCAAGCAAAACACAGAAGGAAAAGAGUUUUCCUGAGAGACCUGGUCAAUCCAUAUGUCAACACUAUGUGAAAACUGGGGACUGUAAAUUUGGAUCAUCUUGUAAGUUUCACCAUCCAGCUGACUGGAUUGCAUCAAAGACAAACUGUGCUUUCAGCCCCUUAGGCCUUCCUUUGCGUCCGGGGGUGCAGCCUUGUUCCUUUUAUCUACUGAAGGGAUUCUGCAAGUUUGGCAGCGCUUGUAAAUUUGAUCAUCCUUUGGGAACAGUACAAUAUAGUUCAUCACCUUCUUCGCUUCCAGAUUUACCAAUUGCUCCUUACAUGCUGCGGUCUUCCUUCACGUUGGCUCCCAUGAUGUUGCCAGAGUUCCAGGCUGGAUUUGUUACAGGGUCAAAGGUGGAUGCCUCUUUAUCUAGAGCACCUUCUUCAAUGAAAGUACAAUUGGUACAGUUAACCUAAUACUAUCUUAGUCUGGUCUUUCGCUCUCCAAUAUGCAGUUGUCAAGUCGGGGAAGUUCACCAUUGAAUUUAAAGUAAACUCGGAGCACUUUGUAUUAUUCUCCUCCGCUAUUUGUCUGUUAUACUAUCAGUAGAGAGCUUAAUGUUACUCAAUGUCGGGAGUUGAAGUUGUCUUUUUGUUAUCCCUCUUUCCCACUGCUUGACAUGAAUAUUACAUUGGUUGAGAAGGCGAAAUCUGUCUUGUGAAGUAAUAAGACAUACUUUUCUUUUGAAAUUUCUUA